GGCUCACCACAUUCUCCCUGACGCCUCAGAUCCCUGCCUGCAAGAGAAUCUCUGAGCCAGCGAAACCAUGAGGACCACAGUGCUAAGAAUGCUGACCGCUCUCACCUGCGCCUUGGCUGCAUGUGCAGACAUAAUGCCUGUACCCGACUUUAGCCUGGAAAGGAUUGGAGGAAAAUGGUACAUGGCUGGCUUUGCAACCAAUGCUCAGUGGUUUGUGACUAAAAAGGACACAAUGAAGAUGGGUACAGCCAUGCUGGUGCCAACUGAAGGAGGAGAUUUGGAUCUGACUUAUGCCACCCUGAAUGCUGAUGGUUCCUGUUGGAGAAUGACUCACCUGGCAAAGAAAACCGACACACCUGGACGCUUCACCUUCCACAGCCAGGCCUGGAACAACGACAAUGACAUGCGCUUUGUUGAUGUUGUGUAUGACGACUAUGCCGUGGUCCACACUAUCAAGACAAAGGAAGGUGUGUCAGAGGUUCUCAACAAGCUCUACACCCGCAGUAGUGACGUCAACGCUGACCUGCAGCAGAAAUUCACGCAGUUCUCUAAGGACACAGGCAUCCUUGAUGAAAACAUAGUUAUGCUGCCAAAGAACGCUGAGUGUCCUGAGGCGUAAAGAAUCCUUUGCUCUGAUUCUUCUCGUCUCUAAAGUCCAGGGAUUUUCAUCUUAAAGGCAUCUCCUCCACCCCUUAAUUGUGUAGCUCAUUUUGUCACAAAGCUGCACCUCAGACUAUGAAUGUAGAGCUUUUAACUCUUUUAACUCCACGCUGCAAACCAAAGAGGAGCUGAUCCUUUCUCAUUUGGUAAUAUUUUGUAUUGUGCAUCAGUAGUAACACCACAGUGGAACAAUAAAAUGUUGACAGUUGCUAAAAGAUGUGAAAUCUACACCAUUGGAAGAGUUAUUAGUUUUUUUCUUUCAUUUUUAUUUUUAAAUGUGCUUGAAGCCAAUAAAAGAUAUUCAACCAAC